CAAACUCUUCCAGGGCGCUGGGUCUUUGUCUCGGAGGCUUGGAGGCUCAGCCGCCCACGGUUUGAGAGCACUUCCGUGUGCCCGGUCGCCUUCCGUCAGAGGGGCUGAUGUGUGCGGUGGUGCCUUUUUUUGGGAUCCUCUGAGUGGGGCCGUGGGGCCAACAGCUUCGCCCCUCUCCCCGCACUCUUCCAGAAAACUAUGGGGGCAGGAGCGCUCACCAUCUGUCGCAACAGGGCGGCCGUGCACAUCAAGGAGGACAUGAAGAGGAUGGCACAGCUGCCCCUGAUCCGGGCCAGGCCCGCCGACGGGAGGAAGGUUUUCGGGGUGUCCCUGUCGGAGCUGGGGGAGGCGGGGCUGCUGAGAGAUGGGAUACCCCUGCCCGUGAGGAGCAUGGUGGAGUUCCUGAGGGAGCACGCUCUGCAGCAGGAGGGCCUGUUCCGGGUCAAUGGUAACGUGAGGGCUGUGGAGGGGCUGAGACUCAGGUUCGAGAGCGGGGGGGAGGUGGACCUGCGGCAGGAGGAGGACGCCUGCACGGUGGCCAGCCUGCUGAAGCAGUUCCUCAGAGACCUGCCAGGGGGCCUCAUCACUGCAUCUGUACAGCCUGGCCUACUGCAACUGUACCAGGAGUGCGGUGGAGAUCAGUCCAGAGCCAUAAAGGAGAUUCUGCGGCAGUUGCCUGAUCUUCACUACAACCUGCUGAAGUACCUGUGCCUCUUCCUCACCCAAGUGGAGUCUCGUCACCUGGACAACCGCAUGACCGCGCUCAACCUGGCCACCGUGUUCGGGCCCAACGUCUUCCAUGUUUCUCCAGGGUUCGAUGGGAUUAAGGAACAGAACUUGUGUAACAAAAUCAUGGUGAAACUCAUCCAGAACUACAGCGCCAUUUUUGAGAGUGAUGUCAACGUUGAAGACCCCAAAGAGAACUGUUCGGACGUCAUCACUGUCAAGGAGGCUCAGGAGAACAGAGCAGAGCUGAAGUCACCUGCUGACAAGGUGCCCACUCCCAGAAAGAAAAAGGCUGCGCUGAGCACCCAGACUGAAAAUGUGGAUUUGCUUGGAGAAUCCGCCACUGAACCCCCGACACCCACCCCAAGGAAAAAGAAGACUGCCCAAAUCGCAAAGCCCGAAAACGUGGAGGAAUCAGCCACAGAAAUCCUCACAUCUACUCCCAGAAAAAAGAAGACCACACGCAGCACCCAGGCUGAAAACCUGGAUCCAGUCGAGGAAUCGGGCGAGGAAAUUCUGACCUCCACACCUAGGAAAAAGAAGGUGAGGAAGGUGCGGUGUGAGGAAGCAUCGCGAGACGUGCCCCAGCCCGUGCGGUCCGAGGGUCUUCCGCAGCUCCGCGUCCCCGUGCCCAGGGCUAGGAAUCGGGAGGAGAUGGAGACGUCCAGCGAUGACGUCACCGCUGUCAGAGUCAAAGAGAGUCUGAGCAGCUUACCCGAGAGUGAGAGGCCAAUAUCUCCAUUCUACAUGAGCUCCCCCUGCUCUGCCACCCAUCGGAAGGCUGACUCAGCACACUUCCUGGAGAGGACGAUCCGAUUGGCCGUGGAGCAGCACCUCUUCGAUACGCAGGCCGGGUCAGGGUUAGCUCCAAGCUCUGGGCUGGCUGAGGUCUCCCCGGCCGUUGCCGUGACGACCAAGCAGAUGCACCCACGGCAGAAGGACCUGGAUGAGAGUCAGAAGUGCGAUGACAUGAGCAGCAUAGACAAGGAGAACAUCCCCUCAUCGACUGGGAAUGGGCUCUCACCGGAUGGGGAGAGGAGGCACGGAGGGUCCAAUCACAGCCACGAUCCCCGCACUCCGAGGGCACAUCGUCAUGGCAACCCCUCCACUGUGAGGUCACAUCGCCAUGACAGCCAGGAACCCUUCACUGUGAGGUCACAUUGCCGUGACAACCAGGACCCCCUCACCGUGAGGUCACACCGCUGUGACAACCAGGACUUCCUCACUGAGCGUUUUUGUGAAUCAAGUUCACAAAAGACGAGAGACGGCGACAGUAUGGAAUCGUCAUUUGAGAGAAGCGAUCGCCCAGAAAGAGACUCGGGACUGUUCCCACAGAGUUUGCCCAUGAAGAUCCAGGAGAUUUCGGGGAACCGGGAGCCUGGCAGGGGGUCCAGGAUGGGAGAUCUGGAGGGGUGUGAGGGGCUGCCAGCUCUGACCCAGCACAGUGGCUGGGGAGACGAUCCUCCCGUCUUUACCGUGCCUGUCCUUGAUUUCAAAACCAUUUGUCAGCAGAGUUACUAUGCGGAGCCGGUCACAGCUGACUGUUCCUGGCAGCGGGAGAACAUGGACCGGGAGGAGGCUCACCUCUCCCCCCACGUAGGGGGGCGGCUGAUUCAGCAGCUGCUGGAGGAGGACAGCGACCCCAUGCUCUCCCCUCGUUCCUAUGGUUACGGACACUGUCAGCAGUACCUGGAUGACACCGAGGUCCCUCCCUCCCCACCCAACGCCCACUCCUUCAUGAGACGGCGGAGGAGCUCGUCUCUGGGCUCCUGUGAGGAGGAGCGGGUGGUGCUCUCCGCCGCCCAGCUCUCCAAGAAGCUCCACAGCCUGAAGAAGAAGAUCAGCCGAUUCGAGGAGAAGUUUGAGGAGGACAGGAAGUACAGGCCGUCUCACAGUGACAAAGCCGCGAACCCGGAGGUUCUGCGAUGGAUGAACGAGCUCUCCAAGCUACGCAAGGAGCUGAAAGAGCACAAAAUCCACAAGUCGGAGGAGGACCUGCCUCCCCUGUCCCGCCCGCGCAGCAACACGCUGCCCAAAAGCUUCGGCUCGCAGCUGGACAAAGAGACCAAAGAGAAGGUGGAGCCCGAGAAGGAGCCCGUCCCGGCAGUGGAGAGCACUCUGGAGUCCGUUCAGAAGACGCUGCAGGAGAAGAGGGAGGAGGAGGGGAGACCCGAGGACAUUAAGGAUAUGACACGGGAGCAGAUUGGGGCGGAGAAAGUGGCCCUGCAGAAGGCUCUGCUGCACUACGAGAACAUCCACGGGAGGCCGGUGACAAAGACCGAGAGGGAUAUAAUGAAGCCUCUGUAUGAUCGCUAUCGUCUGGUCAAGCAGAUUCUCUGCCGAGCGUCUACCAUCCCUAUCAUUGGCUCCCCCUCCAGCAAACGCAGAGGUCUUCCGCUGCCGCCCAUUUUAGAGGGCGAACCGGCACAGUUCUUCGAUGAAAUUAAGGAGGAAGAGGAGGGCUCCGAGGACGAUGGCGACUCCCAGACCCACAUCAGCGGGACCUUCAGGCCGGAGCUGAGCGUGGUGGGAUUCUCCCUGGCCAUCGACGAGCUGGCGCCCCCCAAGAACAGCGCGGACACCCGGCUCUCCAACCUGCACUCGGCCACCAUGCAGGAGCUGGUAGAGCAGCUACAAGAGGCUCGCGAGGAGAAGAAGAGUAUCCGCAAGAACCUCAGAGAGUUUGAAGAUCAGUUCUUCAGGGAAAAUGGAAGAAACGUGCAGAAGGAGGACCGUUCCCCGCUGGCCCAGGAGUACAACGAGUACAAGCACAUCAAAGCCAAGCUGCGGCUGCUGGAGGUUCUCAUCAGCAAAAGAAACUCGUCCAAGUUCAUCUAGGGGCUGGAGAAAAGGGGCCGAGACCGCAUCUGAAAUAAUAAUCUGCCAGCUACUGAAGGCCGUGCUAAUGCCAACCGAGGAACCCUAUCUCCGCGAAACUCUGUGGAGCAUCAGGGAGAAGCAUUAGGAGCUGAACUCUGUUUUAUGAAUGGAGUCACGACAUUUGGCAGAAGAAGCAUGGAGGCUUAUAGCCCUCGUUAGCAUUCAUUGGAGUCCCAGUGUUUCUGAUGAUUUGCUUUUCCAACAGUAAGCAAAAAAGAAAAAAAGAAAACGAGCUUCUGAUCAAUAGAACUCACAGAACAUUUUUAGUGUGCAGCUAACAAGAUACUCCCUCCAGCAACUUGCAGUCGUUUUCUUGAAAUAAUUUUAAAGAACUCACAUUUCUGUUAUUUGUUUUUCAUUUGAUUGCGGAUGUAUUGAUUGAAAAACACGCUGAAUCAAUUUCUGCUUUUUUUUUGUUCUGACUGCUGACUGUGCGUACAGGUCUUAAAACGUUUGCGUUGAGGUUCAUAGGCAAAUUUUAUAUAAUUUAUUGCAAAUUUCACUGUGAUGGUGAGAGUUUUGUAACCAGUGAAUAAUAUGAUGAAAGGAUACUUUUAUACAUUAUUUUCCGAUGCUAUAUUGCUUGCAGGAUAUCCAAGGAUAACAGACUGACCGGACGCUAAUUUAAAUUUUGUGAUUAGUGCCAUAUCUCCAGGGAUGAAGCUAAUUAUUAAAACGCCAGGAUUAUGUGAUAUUUUCGCACAAAUUUUCAUGUUCAAAAAAAUACGUUUUUUUAAUAUUGUCAAAGUGACAGAAAUUUUGUUUUAGGAAGUGGACAGUAGUUUUGUCCCGUUUUGUCUUGUGAUCCAAAGAAUAUAUUGUUGCUGCACUGCAAGCCAAAAUUGAUAUGAAUGAUGCUAACUUAUUUGUCACGACGAUAACAGUAUAUCCUGCUUCACGCCGAUCGUGGCGCCAUGCGUAAUUCCAAGCAUGGAACGGCUUGUUUUAUUUAUGGUCUGUCCUCAUCUCAGGUGAUUCUUACGCCCUGCUUGCAGGGAAGCGUGUUGCCGAAAUUUGUGCACGCGUGUUGUAAACUGCGUGCAGCGCCAAGAGUACAUGCAGCACGCCCCAAUCCUGUUUCCCCGCGUGUGUUUCGCCUUGUACGGAGCUGUCUCACGCUCCCAGUGUGCAGGUGUUGAGCAAGGGCGUACAACUUCCUGCUCCCAACGUUUGCAACGCCGCGUCCUCUUAUUUGUUGGUUGUAAAUAUGGAUCCAGGUCUACAUUUACACAAGUGCGAGAAGGUACUUUUUGUUCCAAGGGGAUAAUUUACAGUGUGACUUCAUUUUCUGAAUGCAAACACUGACGGAAUUCUAAAUGUGUGUACAUUCUAGUACAUGACUAUUGUAUAUGUAUAUAUAUAUAUGCCCGUACAAAUAUAAAUGCAGAUAUUUUUGUUUUAA